AUGUCCUUCACGCACCACGACUAUACAGUCGCGUGGAUCUGCGCCUUGCCGUUGGAACUAGCAGCAGCGAAGGCCAUGCUGGACGACGUUCACCCUCCGCUUCCCCAGCCAAUAUCCGACCACAAUGUCUACACACUUGGGAGAUUUGGCAGCCACAAUGUAGUGGUGGCCUGUCUGCCUGGCGGUGUCUAUGGGACGAUAUCCGCUACAGGUGUAGUGUCACAUAUGGUCUCUACCUUUCCGACUCUCCGGUCUGGUUUCGGAUUGAUAGUGGGUAUUGGGGGCGGAGUCCCGAGCCCAAGAAAUGAUAUUCGCCUUGGCGAUGUUGUGGUCAGCAGGCCAACUACCACUUCAAGCAGCGUUAUCCAAUUUGACUACAGCAAGACACUGCACGGCGGUCGAUUCCAGCACACCAGGUCACUUAAUAAACCUCCACCAGUGUUGCUGAAGGCCGUGUCUCAAUUAGAAAGUAGUUAUAUGACCGGGGAAAGGCUGAUCAGCGAAAUUUUGAAUAAUACACUGCACAAAAGUGAAAAGAUAAGGGAAGAGUCUUCACGACCGAAAGUCAACUGGCUAUUUUCACCAACCUACGACCAUGAGAAUAGCGAACAUAACUGUUCAGCAUAUGAUCAGACACAGUUAGUGAACCGUUCUGAGCGGGGAAAUAAUGACCCUUAUAUACAUUAUGGCUUGAUCACUUCUGGAGAUCAGGUCAUGAAAGAUGCCAAGACUCACGAUUCCAUUGCUCAGGAUCUAGACAUACUCUGUUUUAAAAUAGAGGCUGCUGGGCUCAUGGACGAAAUCCCUUCGCUAGCCAUUCGCGGCAUUUGUGACUACUUUCCCACUUAUUGCCGCAAAAAAACACGUGAUUUAAAGCAAUCAGUCUGGAUGGUCCCCUUCCGGAGGAACCCACGGUUCGCAGGUCGGGAAGACGAAAUCACCAGGAUUGAAGGAUUGUUUAUGCAACAGAUCGGACCUAGCAAAGUUGCUAUCUGCGGGCUAGGUGGUAUUGGAAAGACACAGAUCGCACUUGAACUGGCUUACCGCAUGCGAAAUCAAGACCCUAAAUACUUGAUUUGUUGGAUUACAUGUACCAGCUAUGAGAGCAUGGAACAAGCCUAUAUGAACAUCACCUCAAAGCUGAAAAUGACUAAUAUAAAGCCGGCAGAGGUGAAAGAAAAGAUCAAAGCUUAUCUUAGCCAGGAGAGUGCCGGGAAGUGGCUUUUUAUAUUUGAUAAUGCAGAUGAUAUGGGAAUGUGGAGCAAAACCGAAACUGAUUCAGUAUUAACAGACUUCCUUCCUGAAGGUGAGCAGGGCCAUAUUCUCUUCACCACGCGCAGCCGCAAGGUAGCUGUGAAACUAGCAUCUUCACAUGUGAUCACAAUCUCUGAGCCGAACACAGAGACUUCUGUCCAAAUUUUAGAGAACUCACUGGUUGAGAAAAGAUUGCUUGAUGAUCGUGUUACAGCUCUGAGUCUUCUUGGGCAGCUGGUUUUUCUCCCUCUGGCGAUCACCCAGACAGCAGCGUAUAUCAAUGAAAACAGCAUUGGCCUCUCUGACUAUCUUCAGCUUCUACGGGACCAGGAGCCACAUGUGGUUGAACUGCUGAACAUCCAGAAUCCUGUUGCUCUGACUUGGUUUAUCUCCUUCCAGCAAAUUCAACAGUUAAAUAACUUAGCGGCGGACUAUCUGUCCUUCUUUGCCUGCAUCAACCCGCAUGACAUUCCACAGUCUUUACUUCCCCAGCCGAUCUCGAAUAAGAACAAAACCGAUGCUCUUGGUCUUCUCAAGGCCUUUUCCUUUAUUAGUGAGGGGAGCACGGACAGUUCUCUAAAUCUACACCGACUAGUCCAUCUUGCGACUCGGAAUUGGAUGAGAAAGAGCCAACAGUUCCGCGUGCAAAUAUUGAAAACUGCUGCCCAACUGAGCAAAGUCUUCCCCAAUGAUGAUCAUGCCAAUCGGCAGGAGCAAGAGAAAUACAUUGAUUUGAUUGAAAAAAUCUGUUGGUGUCUGUAUAGUGACGGACGCUGGAAGGAAGCAGAAGAGCUACAGGUGCAAGUAUUGCAGCUUCACAAGCGAGUGCUAGGACCAGAGCACCCUGAUACUCUAGGCAGCAUGAAUAAUGUGGCAUUGAUAUACAGGAAUCAGGGACGAUGGAAGAAAGCACAAGAGCUGGGAGUGCAAGUAAUCAAGCUUUGCAAGCGGGUACUAGGACCAGAGCACCCUGAUACUCUUAGCAGCAUGAAUAAUGUGGCAUUGAUAUACGGGAAUCAGGGACAAUGGAAGGAGGCAGAAGAGCUACAGGUGCAAUUAUUGGAGCUUCGCGAGCGAGUGCUAGGGCCAGAGCACCCUGAUACUCUAAGCAGCAUGAACAAUCUGGCAUCGAUAUACAGGAAUAAGGGACGAUGGAAGAAAGCACAAGAGCUGGGAGUGCAAGUAAUGAAGCUUUGCAAGCGGGUACUAGGACCACAGAACCCUGAUACUCUUAGCAGCAUGAACAAUCUGGCAUCAAUAUACGGGAAUCAGGGACGAUGGAAGGAAGCAGAAGACCUGCAGGUACAAUUAUUGGAGCUUCGCGAGCGAGUGCUAGGGCCAGAGCACCCUGACACUCUUACCAGCAUGAACAAUCUAUCAUUUACAUGGAAACGCCAGGGAAGGUUUAAGAUCGCCUUUGCUCUUAUGAAACAGUGUGCAGUGAUCCGCCGCAGUCUAUUGGGUCCAGAUCAUCCAGAUACCAUAUCCUCUUUGACCACGCUCAGUGACUGGGAAACAGCGGUAGAUUCGCCACCAUGGUAUAGUCCACAAAGCAUACUUGUCUUUUCUUUCCUUGCUUUUGCUUGCCUCUACCUGUUUUCAUAG